AUGAGGUCGUCACUGUUUCUAGUCGCGACUCAAGCUCUGCUGAGCUAUGCUUUCAGCAGCGGUGGACGGCCUGAUACGCUAAUACGGGACUUUGCCGAGAAACGGAACGCUGCGCAGGAUAUUGUCACUUGGGACAAGCACUCGCUUUUUGUCAACGGCGAGAGAGUGUUGAUCUUUAGUGGCGAGUUCCAUCCAUUCAGGCUACCUGUGCCAUCACUCUGGAUCGACGUCUUAGAAAAAGUCAAAGCUCUGGGCUUCAACUGCGUCUCCUUCUACGUGGACUGGGCUCUCUUGGAAGGGAAGCCUGGUGAGUUCUCUGCCGAGGGUGUUUUCGACCUUAAGCCUUUCUUCGAUGCUGCUCAGAAGGUUGGGCUUUACCUCAUCGCUAGGCCCGGCCCUUAUAUCAAUGCCGAGGUCAGCGGCGGUGGCUUCCCUGGUUGGCUCCAGCGAGUUCGCGGUCUUCUGAGGAGUAGCGCGCCGGACUACCUUAAUGCGACGGAUAACUACAUGUCCCAUAUCGGAAAGAUAAUUGCAGACGCUCAAAUCACGAAUGGUGGGCCGGUGAUAUUAUUCCAACCGGAGAAUGAGUACUCGGGUGCCGGCGAUUAUACGCCUUUCCCGGACGGCUCAUAUAUGGAAUAUGUCUUACAACAGGCGCGGGAUGCUGGAAUAGUCGUUCCUUUUAUAAACAACGACGCGAGCCCCGGGGGUCACAAUGCUCCCGGAACCGGCGAGGGUGAAGUCGACAUCUAUGGACACGAUGGUUAUCCCCUAGGGUUCGACUGCGCACAUCCGACUGUUUGGCCCAAAGGAAAUUUGCCUACGAAUUAUCGAAGCAAUCAUCUCGAGCAGAGCCCGUCGACACCCUACUCGAUAGUUGAAUUCCAAGCCGGUUCAUUUGAUCCCUGGGGAGGUUGGGGCUUCGAGCAAUGCAGUGAGCUUGUGAAUCACGAGUUUCAGCGAGUCUUCUACAAGAAUAACUAUGCGGCGGGUGUGACGAUAAAUAAUCUUUACAUGAUUUAUGGUGGCACAAAUUGGGGUAACCUCGGGCACCCCGGCGGAUAUACCUCAUAUGACUAUGGAAGUGUCAUUAAGGAGGACCGAACCAUCACACGGGAGAAGUACUCGGAGUUAAAACUUCAAGCAACGUUCUUACAAUCCAGUCCUAGCUAUCUUACAGCAACUCCUGGAAAGAGUUCGAAUAACGUCUACAGUGAUAACCCUGAUAUCACUAUUACACCGAUACUAUCAAACAGCACAGAUGAUGCCUCUUUCUUCGUGGUCAGACAUACUAAUUACUCGAGCUUUGAAUCGACGAAAUACAAGGUAAAACUACCAACGUCUCAAGGCACCCUUACAAUUCCUCGAGCAAAUCAGUCGUUAAGUCUCCAUGGCCGAGAUUCGAAAGUAAUAGUUACCGAUUACGAUGUUCAAGGCAGUCGGUUACUUUACUCGACAGCCGACGUAUUCACACAUUUGAAGCAAGGAAACCAAACGAUUCUUAUACUUUAUGCCGGACCGAAUGAGCACAAUGAAUUUGCGAUCGAAAAGCCGUGGAAUGACCAAGUCAAGCAAGUUGAAGGUGAUCAAUCGUACAGUAUCACAAGCAGCGACUCCAAGUUCCUGACCAUAAACUGGGCCACGCCUAAUAAACGAUCUAUCGUCCAUAUCGGCGAUAACCUCUUUGUCUAUCUACUUAAUCGCAACACGGCAUACAAGUAUUGGCUUACGGAUAUUGAGGAUACGAACGAAAAGGUGGUUAUUAAUGGGCCCUACCUUGUGCGUUCUGCCUCUUUGAAGGAUAAUGAGCUACACAUCAAAGCCGACUUCAACGAGUCCACAACUGUUGAAGUAUUAGGCGUUUCAGGGACCAAGGUCUUCAUAAACGGCGCAGAGACUUCAACAGAGUCAUCAGUCUUCGCGACGACUGCCAAUAUUUCCGUCAAUAGCCCUUCUUUUACUAUUCCGAAACUGGAAGAUCUCGAAUGGAAGUACAUAGACUCGCUCCCAGAGAUCCAGGAGGGAUAUGAUGAUUCACUAUGGACAAAAGCAGAUCAUAAAUCCACAGAUAAUACCUACCAGCCCCUCUUUGCUCCUGUUUCGACUUACUCAUCUGAUUAUGGUUUCCACACUGGAGUACUCCUAUACCGAGGCCAUUUCAAGGCUACUGGAAAUGAAGGAAACUUUUCGCUGUGGACACAAGGUGGGAGCGGUUUUGCUGUGUCGGUAUGGCUCGACGACCACCUUCUCUCAUCGUUCGGCGGAAAUCCAGCAAACGCAAGCUAUCAAGGCAAAUAUGAUGUCACUGGCGUUGGACUUGAAGCUGGAACAGAGCAUGUUUUCACCGUGGUCGUAGAGAACAUGGGAUUAAGCGAGAACUGGAUUAUUGCUGAUGAAAUGAAGCAGCCUCGGGGAAUCCUGGGGUGGAGGCUAGAGACUUCCAAGGCUACUAAUACGCCCAUCAGCUGGAAGCUAACAGGCAAUCUUGGUGGCGAAGAUUACCUGGAUCGCGUCCGUGGCCCGUUGAAUGAAGGUGGGUUAUUUAUUGAGCGCCAAGGCUACCACCUCCCAGGCGCGCCAACUGAAUCAUGGGUAUCUCACUCUCCGCUAGAAGGCAUCGGUCUACCGGGAAUUGCUUUCUACUCGACUUCCUUCGACCUUGAUCUACCUUCUGACGAAUGGGAUAUUCCGCUGGCAUUCUCUUUUUCCAACGAUACUGCCACCUCCGGUGUCUACCGGGCUCAGCUAUACGUAAAUGGUUGGCAAUUUGGCAAGCUAAGCAGCAAUAUCGGUCCGCAGACGGUAUUCCCUGUGCCGGAGGGUAUCCUCAAUUACCACGGCACAAACUAUGUCGGCAUCUCGUUAUGGGCUCUCGAACAAGGCGGUGCCAAGAUUCCUAAACUUGAACUCGUGGCUGGAACGCCGGUACUGACGGCAAGAGAGGAAGUUAGGCUCGUGGAUAGCCCCGGCUGGAAAAAGAGGGAGGGUGCUUAUUAA